CUGCUACCAUCGCCUCUUUCCUUCCCCACCGCUAUGACAGCCUCUCUUCUCGAACGCAUCUCUCUCCCCGCCAAUGGCUCAGUCGGUCCCGUGCGCAACCGCGGCCAUCGCGCUGGCGGAAGCCCAUACAACCGGAACCAACGCCCACCGAAGGGCGACGUCAACAGCACAUGGGAACACGAUCUGUUCCGCGGGCCGGGAGCAGACAGCGGCUCGCUCAGUGCGCGGCUCUCGUCCGCGUCGGCGGGCGUGCCCAAGAUGAACUUUACGGGGGCAGACCGCGCGCUGCGAGAGGCGCUGGGGGAGAAGGGGCUGUCGAUAAAGGGUGCGAGUGGGCGGGGGAACGUCGUGCAGGUCGGCGGGCUGGCGAACGGCACGAGCGCUGCUGAUGUCGAGGCGAUCUUCAAGCGAUGCGGGCCCAUCACCAACGCGGUGCUCACGUCGCGUGCUGACCCGCCGAUUGUCCGCAUUACGUUCAAGCACGAGCAGGACGCUCAGGCGGCGGUCACAAAGUUCCACGGACAGCCGGCGGACGGCCGCUUGCUCGAGGUCAAGGUCGUUGGCGGCGUGAAUGCUACCCUGGGCGGGCGCAUCAUGGGUGCCUCCGUGCCGGACGAUAGCGUCGACGUGCUCAUGGGGGACGAUGGCUCCAGCGGAUCGUGAGUUCCUGGCGUCAGGAGCCCAUGGCUCAACACUUAAUUUGUCGUGCACGCCAACAGAAAACUCCGCUCCGACGACAUCCUUGCAAAAGACUCCCGCGCGACCGUACUCGUCGCACCGCCGGGGAUGAACCCGUCCGAAUACACGCAACGACCAGCACGGGGCGGACGAGGCCGUGGACGAGGCCGCGGGCGGCGUGGU